AUGUGGUCACAGGUGAUGGAAAAGGACAAUGUAAGUUCUCCUGAAGGCUUCAUCCUGGUGGGCUUCUCUGACCGUCCCCUCCUGGAGCUGGUCCUCUUCGUGGUUGUCCUCACUUUCUAUCUGCUGACUCUCUUUGGCAACAUAACCAUCAUCUUGCUUUCCGCUCUGGACUCGCGGCUGCACACACCUAUGUACUUCUUUUUGGCCAACCUCUCAUUCCUAGACAUGUGUUUCACCACAGGCUCCGUCCCUCAGAUGCUCUACAACCUGUGGGGCCCCGAUAAGACCAUCAGCUACCUGGGUUGUGCCACCCAGCUGUACUUCGUCCUGGCUCUGGGGGGUGUGGAGUGUGUCCUCCUGGCGGUCAUGGCCUAUGACCGCUAUGUCGCCAUCUGCAGGCCCCUGCACUACACAGUCAUCAUGCACCCACGCCUCUGUGGGAAGCUGGCUUCUGUGGCUUGGUUGAGCGGCUUUGGCAAUUCUCUCAUCAUGGCACCCCAGACAUUGCUGUUACCCCGCUGUGGGCACCGGCGGGUGGACCACUUUCUCUGUGAGAUGCCAGCGCUCAUUGGCAUGGCCUGCGUCGAUACCAUGGCCCUGGAGGCACUGGCGUUUGCUUUGGCCAUCUUUAUCAUUCUGGCACCCCUCAGCCUCAUCCUUACCUCGUACGGGUACAUUGCUCGGGCCGUGCUUGCAAUCAAGUCUGCCGCUGGGCGAAAGAAAGCCUUCAGCACCUGCAGCUCCCACUUAACCGUUGUCUCCCUCUUCUAUGGUACGAUCAUAUACAUGUACCUCCAGCCGGCAAACACUCAUUCCCAGGACCAGGGCAAGUUCCUCACUCUUUUCUACACAAUUGUCACUCCCAGUGUUAACCCCCUCAUAUACACACUGAGAAACAAAGACGUCAAAGAGGCCAUGAGGAAGGUUCUAGGGAAGGGGGAGUGA